UCUCCGAGUUCGCUUAGAGUGAAACAAACAUGGCGACAGACUGGAGUGGUUGGCAGGGGUACACGCUAACUUUAAUCAUUUUACUAUGGUGUACGGUGGGCACAGAAGCCGAGACGGGGAUCCCGGAGACCGGUAGCCCCACCCAGGUCUUCGGCAUGCGGCUGGAGAGGAGCGACAAGCCAGCUACUACCACGGACGACGGGGUGAUCCAAGUAACAGAGGAGAGCAACAUCUUCAUGAGGUUCUACGGGCUGCAGAUUCUUCCUGACACCUCGUCACAGAUCAAGUUCAUGGAACAUGAACAUGUUGAUGUUACCAGCAAUAAUGCUAAUUUUAACAGGACUUGCGCCGAAUAUACCAAAGAUAUCGUUAUUCGGGGUGGCAUGAACGUGAGCCACCUCGGAACCUCCGGGGUGGUGAGUUUGAAAAUCAAGCCGCUACGGAAGCGCGAGCUCAAGAAGGAGUAUGGGCUCUGCGUCCGGGACAGUCAAGAUGGAAAGUGGUACCUGUUGGGUGAGGAUGACGGGAGGCUGCGAGUGGUGGAGGAAAAGAAAUCUAUGCUUCCUAUGUGGUUCCAGUGCAUCCUCAUCUGCGCUCUGUUGGUACUGUCAGGUAUGUUCAGCGGGCUCAACCUGGGACUCAUGGCCCUAGAUCCUAUGGAGCUCCGGAUAGUCCAGAACUGCGGUACCGAAAAGGAGAAGCGGUACGCUAGCAAGAUCGAACCCAUUCGGAGAAAAGGGAACUAUCUUUUAUGUUCCUUACUCCUGGGUAAUGUGCUAGUCAACACAACUCUCACCAUCCUCCUGGAUGACUUGAUAGGGUCAGGUCUGGGAGCAGUGGUCGCCUCCACUAUAGGUAUUGUCAUAUUUGGGGAGAUCGUUCCCCAGGCGCUGUGCUCUCGCCACGGACUGGCUGUAGGGGCCAACACCAUCAUGGUGACCAAGUUCUUCAUGUUGGUGACCUUCCCCCUUUCAUGGCCCAUCAGUAAACUCCUGGACUGCAUCUUGGGCCAGGAGAUCGGUACCGUGUACAACAGGGAGAAGCUGGUGGAGAUGCUGAGAGUAACAGAACCGUACAAUGACCUGGUCAAAGAGGAACUCAACAUGAUCCAGGGGGCGCUUGAGCUCAGGACCAAAACCGUUGAAGAUGUCAUGACGCCGAUCAGUAACUCCUUCAUGAUCCACAGCGACGCUGUGCUAGACUUCAACACCAUGUCAGAGAUCAUGGAGAGCGGUUACACGCGCAUACCGGUGUUUGAGGACGAGAGGUCCAACAUUGUGGAUAUCUUGUUUGUCAAGGACCUGGCUUUCGUUGAUCCGGAUGACUGUACGACGCUGAAGACCAUCACCAAGUUCUACAACCACCCGGUUCACUUCGUGUUCCACGACACCAAGCUGGAUUCCAUGUUGGAGGAGUUCAAGAAAGGUAAGUCCCACCUGGCCAUCGUUCAGAAGGUGAAUAAUGAGGGCGAGGGGGAUCCGUUCUACGAGGUGCUGGGAUUGGUUACCUUGGAAGACGUCAUCGAGGAGAUCAUCAAAUCAGAGAUCCUGGACGAGUCGGAUCUUUACACUGACAACAGCAGAAACAGGAAGAAGGUGGCACCCAAUAAGAACAAACGAGAUUUCUCCGCCUUCAAACAGAGCGAGAGCGAAUCCAAAGUCAAGAUCUCCCCUCAGCUGCUAUUGGCCGCUCACCGUUUCCUGGCAACAGAGGUGACGUUAUUCAGCCCGUCUCAGAUAUCGGACAAGGUUCUGUUGAGGAUUCUGAGACACCCAGACGUCAUCCAGGAAAUUAAGUUCAACGACAGUGACAAACGCUGUCCUCAACACUUUGUCUACCAGAGAGGGAAGGCUGUCGACUACUUCAUACUCAUACUGCAGGGUCGGGUGGAGGUGGAAGCCGGGAACGAGAACAUGAAGUUUGAGACUGGACCCUUCUCGUACUACGGAGUCAUGGCCCUCAGUGCUCCCACGUUAGUGGUGUCAUCUCGUCCUCGCCACCUCUCUCUAAAGCGGUUCUCUCUGUUCUCCAGGUUGCCAGGUAACCUCCGGCAUGUCUGGGCACUGGGGAAACAUUUAACUGUAACACCCAGGCUUGGGGGGGGGGGGGGGGAGAAUGUAACCAUAACACCCACUACUUUAUUCUACUUUAUGUAGUUGUUUAAUAGAAAAUGGUAGUGACUAGUGAGUAGUCUACAGAAUCAUCAGCAUCAGUCACACACAACCCUUCACCAAUCAAAAAUGCUAAACAAACACUACCGAUGUGAGGAAAUGUCCUAAAUGACUUCUGUUUCUAGCCUUCAUCUGCAAUUUAAACCAACAAAUCUCAAGCUACCUGCUGACUCUCACUAGCUUUGGUGGAGUGUGUGUUGUACCAAAGGACAACCGACACCCUCUUGAUAAUACCAGGUAAUGUGUCUUCCUGGCCUGCAGAGGGCAGUGGCGGGCAGUUUGUUGAUGUGCUUAGUGGUUACCUGCCUUUUUUAAGGCUUUGGGGUUGGCAACUGGGCUAAGACUGGCACUACCCCUUCUCUACCUGGCAUCACAGGCCAGGGUUUAUGUUGCAGAAACUGGAAGCUGUACACACACACACUCUCUCACCACACUCUCUCUUACACACACACACACACUGGGAAGCUGCACACACACACACACACACAGGAUGUCACACACUUCUUCAGACUGGUUGGUGUGUAUAUGCCAGCUCUGAAGGUCAGGUCCAGCUGCGGAACGUCUGUAGGUUUUUAAGAAAUCUACGUGGAUACAUUUUAGUGAGGCACUGGCAUGGCAUCAUGUUAUUCAAUGUGUGCCAAAUAUUGUGAGCAUGUGAAAUUAACAGAUUUCACAUUUUUGAGGUGUGUAGAAACUGGUAUUAAAUAUUCUGUCUCUAACAGGUCUCUAACAGGUCUCUCUCUCUCUAACA